AACAAACGUGCGAUGUUUUGGCCGGUGGUGGCUGCUGCAUGCAGUUUGUGUUUCUUUCUUCCUGCUUUGGGACGUUUUCCCUUCUACUGCAGCAACAUGUUGUGCAACCGAUCGGUUACCCGGCGAAUCAAACAUUUCCUCCAACAUGCAGCCAUCAUCCGACGGAAUCACUCGUCCGGAUCCGAACACGCCGUCCAGGAGAAGUACAUCCGUAACAUCGGAAUCCUGGCCCAUAUUGAUGGAGGGAAAACCACAACCACCGAACGGAUGCUGUUCUACUCUGGCAAAACGCACGUCCUUGGGGAGGUCCACCACGGCAACACGGUGACGGACUUUUUGGUACAGGAGCGGGAACGUGGUAUAACGAUUUGCAGCGCAGCGGUAAGUUUCGAUUGGCGGGACCAUCGGAUAAACCUGCUGGACACACCGGGCCAUAUCGAUUUCACGAUGGAAGUGGAACAGUCCCUGGCGGCCGUCGACGGAACGGUGGUGAUUUUGGACGGAUCGGCAGGAGUUGAGGCGCAAACCGUUACGGUGUGGAAUCAAGCCGAUAGACACCAAUUGCCGCGGGUAGUUUUCGUGAACAAGAUGGACAAAGAUAAUGCAGACUUUGAAGGAUGUUUGCAGGAUCUGAGAAAGAAGUUGGGAGUGGUUCCGUUGCCCAUACAGCUCCCGUUGAUGGACAAAGGAAAGCUGGCAGGUAUAAUCGACAUCAUAUCGGGAACGCAGGUCAUUUUCGAUAGAAAUUCCCAAGGUAGAUUGUACAACAAAGUUCCGCUGGCUGACGCAGCACUGAUGGAUGCACAAGACCGGCUAUACGAAUUGAUUGACUCCCUUUCCGGUAUGGACGAUCAACUCGCACAGGCUAUCAUCGAGGCAGACAGUAUGGAUAACAUCGACUCGAAGUUGAUCUUCCAAGCAAUUCGAGCAUGCACUAUGAAGCAACAGAUUGUACCGGUCUUGCUAGGGUCCGCGUACAAGAACAUCGGAGUGCAAUUGCUGAUGGAUGCCGUUUUGCGAUAUUUGCCAGCACCAAAUGAACGGAAUCAAAUCUACGAUUGCUUUGGAUCGGAUUUCGUGGGGAAGGUAUCAAAGGUGACCCAUGACAAACAACGAGGGCCUUUGAGUCUGAUUCGUGUUUUCCGCGGUACACUUAAGAAAGGUGCCAAAAUCGUAACGGCCAAAGGUACUAGCGAGAGCAUUCAACGAAUCUAUGCGCCUUGGGCGGAUGAGUAUCGCGAGGUGUCCUCCAUAGGUGCGGGAAAUAUCGGGCUUUGUGCGGGACCAAAAUCGACGGUAACUGGCGAUCUGGUGGUAUCGAAUACCACAUCGUUGCGAAAUGCCUUUAAAAAGUUAAAUGCUUCGAACGGUAGCGAAGAGGACAACGAUCUUGACGAGGUGCUCGCUACGAAGCUAUCGCUCCAAACAGUCGUUCCCGAUGCGGUCUACUUUUGUUCCAUAGAACCACCUUCAUCGGCUUAUCAGGUGGCGUUGGAUAAUGCCCUGAAGGAAAUUCAGCGGGAGGAUCCAAGUUUGAGGGUGACGUACGAUGAAACUACAAUGCAAACCGUACUUGGAGGCAUGGGUAAGCUUCACCUGGAAAUUAUCAAAUCCAGGAUACUAACCGAAUACAAGAUUGAUGUGGACUUGGGUGCCCUCCAAAUAGCUUACAAAGAAACUUUAGAGGAGCCAUGUCGUGGAAGCUGGACGGCCGAGAAAGAAAUAGCAGGACAUAAGCAGUUUGUGCGAAUGGAAUUGACCGUUCAUGCAAUGAAACGUGGCGAGAAGUUCCACCUGGAUAACUCUCCGGAAGCGCAGGAGAACUUGAAAAUGAUUCGGCCUCGGCAAAUGUCCUACGUUAAAAAGGGCUCCAUAGCAGCUUUGGAACGAGGACCUAAAUUGGGCGGCCAAUUGAUGGACGUUGCAAUAACACUACACAAUCUAACCAUCGGCAAAGGAACGGCGGAUACCUUCAUUAUGGCUGCGACGGCUCAAUGUGUGCGGCACGUACUCUCGUCGGCAAACGUCCGUCUGAUGGAACCGAUUAUGCAGUUAGAAAUAGUUAUGCCUUCCGAAUACCUCAACUCCAUUUUGGCAGAUCUAGGGCGAAGGCGAUGCACCGUGUUGGAUGUUACCUCAAGGGGACAUCAGCACAAAGUACUGCGCGCGAAUGCUCCCCUGGCCGAGCUGGAGGAUUAUUCUAGUGAAGUGAGGUGUAUUAGUUCCGGCAAUGCUAGCGUUUCGAUGGAACCCAAUGGUUACGUGCUGUUGAACGAGAUGGACGAGGAGAGCGCCAUUCGCAGGGCUCACGGAUUGGAGUAGUGAUAUAGGGUAAGUUGUUGCGCAGUAAUAGAAUGUUGUUGAAUGUUGAA